AUGACCCUCGAUCCUCUUGACAAGAAAUACCAAAAGUCCCCCGAUUUUCCUCCGGAUAAAGCGGACAACUGGCCUUACCCACCCGAACAAGAUGGUUGGAUGCUUGCUCACAAUUCUAUUCGCAAAGAAGUCGAACAGAUGAUUGAAGCUUUGGAAGCUUGCAACAAGAGUGGAAACGUCCAGCAGUGGCAAGCUGCUUGUGUCAAGAGAUUUUGGAAAUCCCAUCAUUCCAAUGAGGAUGACGUGAUGACUCCCUAUUUGGAAACAAGAGUCAACUACCCCGAGAAGCUUACCUCCGAUCACACUGAUUUGGUGAACAAACUUGAUCGAGUUGAUGCACUUGUCGAGUCCCUUGGUCAGAAGGAAGGUGACAAUCUUGCGGAAUUAAUCAAGGAGAUGAAGGAAUACAAAGAAAUUAUGUUUCCACACUUGAAAGAAGAAGAAGAACUGGGUCUACCUUUGUCUAGAGCAUACUUCACAAAAGAAGAAAUUGGUGCACAAACUCAAAAGAUUCUCUCCCGUGCUCCCAAGGUCGAGCUUGGAUCUUUCAUUGUAUGCCAAGGAGUUGAUGAAUUUCGCAAUGGUUUUAUGAAACGUAACCAAAUUCCCACAAUUGCUUGGUAUGCCCAGUUCAAGGGGUGUGUGGCGGCUUUUGACCAGGAAUUCACAAAGCCAUUGGAGGCAGUGAAAACUGGAACCGAGCCUGUCGAAGCAAGUUGCUGCACUAUUCAGUAG